UAAUUCUAGGAGUCAUACCCCAUGGGUUUAUUUGAUAAAUGAGCGCUUCUUGGCAUAGAAGGGAAUUAAAGAAUGAUGGCUUCAUUCCAGCGCUCCAACAGCCAUGACAAAGUAAGGAGAAUAGUUGCAGAGGAGGGUCGUACAGCAAGAAAUCUAAUAGCUUGGAGUGUUCCACUAGAAAGCAAAGAUGAUGAUGGAAAAUCUAAAUUUCAAACUGGUGGAAAACCAAAGAGGACAAUUCAGGGCACUCAUAAAACUACUAAACAGAAUACCGCGGUAGAUUGUAAAAUAACAUCUACAGCUGGAGACAAACACUUCGAUAAAAGUCCCACUAAAACGAGGCACCCUCGCAAAGUUGAUCUAAGAGCCAGAUACUGGGCGUUUCUUUUUGACAACCUUCGCCGGGCAGUCGAUGAAAUCUAUGUCACGUGUGAAUCGGACCAGAGUGUGGUGGAGUGUAAGGAGGUGCUGAUGAUGCUGGAUAAUUAUGUAAGAGAUUUCAAAGCAUUGAUUGACUGGAUUCAACUUCAGGAAAAGCUAGAGAAGACCGAUGCUCAGAGCAGACCAACGUCACUGGCGUGGGAAGUAAAGAAGAUGUCUCCAGGACGGCAUGUGCUUCCAAGCCCAUCGACAGAUAGAAUAAGUGUAACAUCAAAUGCUCGAAGAAGCUUAAAUUUUGGGGCUUCACCUGGCACAGUGGCUGCUCCCCGUGUGGCUUCUGCAGGUGUUAGUUGGGCUGACAAGGUAAAGGCUCAUCAUUCAGGGACUACUGCUUCUUCAGAUGUAGCUCCUGCGCCGUCUUGCCCACCAGUGACAGUGCAGAAGACUUCCUGCAAAAAUGAACGGAAAGAUGCUGAAGGAUGGGAGACUGUUCAGAGAGGGAGGGCUGUUCGCUCACGAUCAACAGCAGUGAUGCCAAAAGUUUCAACACAAGCACUAAGGUCAAAGGAUGACAGUGAUAAAGAAAAUGUACGUCUUUUACCGGAUGAAAGCAUACAGAAAGGGGAAGCUGGAGAUGGACCUUCUAACGCCAUAGAAGCUCGGCCCAAAGACUCAUUACAUUCUUGUGACCAUCCUCUUGCUGAAAGAACCCAGUUCACAGCAAGUACACUGGAUGACGUCAAGAACUCUGGCAGUAGUAGUAUCUUACCGGACAGUUCUGUGCGAAGUUCUGAAAUACCUGCUGUGCAAGGGGAUACAGUGUGUGUUUCAAUUAAUCAGCAAGAUGACUCACCUCCUUUGCAUACAAAUGAAGAGAGAUUUUCAGCAGAGAAAGCAAGGAUAGAAAGUGAAAUGGACUCUUCAGAUAUUUCAAAUUCCAUGGCAGAAGUUCUUGCUAAAAAGGAAGAGCUAGCAGAUCGCCUAGAAAAGGCCAAUGAAGAAGCCAUUGCUAGUGCUAUUGCUGAAGAGGAACAGUUAACUAGAGAAAUCGAAGCUGAAGAAAACAAUGAUAUUAAUAUUGAAACUGACAACGACAGUGAUUUUUCUGCCAGCAUGGGCAGUGGAAAUGUAUUUUUCUGUGGUAUGUCUAUGGACUGGAAUGAUGUCCUUGCGGAUUAUGAAGCUCGUGAAUCUUGGCGCCAAAAUACAUCCUGGGGGGAUAUUGUGGAGGAGGAACCUGCAAGACCUCCAGGACAUGGAAUUCACAUGCAUGAGAAACUUUCCUCCCCAUCUCGCAAAAGAACAAUUGCAGAAUCUAAGAAGAAACAUGAAGAAAAACAGAUGAAAGCACAGCAGCUAAGGGAAAAGUUACGUGAAGAGAAAACAUUAAAGCUUCAGAAAUUGUUAGAAAGGUCACUUUUUUUUAAAAUAAAGGUAAAUGAAAUUGCUUUCAUAAAUACCCUCGAAGCCCAGAAUAAACGCCAUGAUGUUUUAUCGAAGUUGAAGGAAUAUGAGCAGAGGCUUAACGAGUUACAGGAAGAGCGCCAGCGAAGACAGGAGGAAAAGCAAGCGCGUGACGAAGCUGUCCAGGAACGAAAGAGAGCACUCGAGGCCGAACGGCAGGCCCGGGUGGAGGAAUUGUUAAUGAAGAGGAAAGAACAAGAAGCGCGAAUUGAACAACAGAGGCAAGAGAAGGAAAAGGCCCGUGAGGACGCCGCCAGGGAAAGAGCGAGAGACAGGGAAGAACGGCUGGCUGCUCUCACGGCUGCUCAGCAGGAGGCCAUGGAGGAGCUGCAGAAGAAAAUACAGCUCAAGCAUGAUGAAAGCAUUAGAAGGCACAUGGAACAGAUUGAACAAAGAAAAGAAAAAGCUGCUGAGUUGAGCAGUGGACGACACGCAAAUACUGAUUAUGCUCCCAAACUGACCCCUUAUGAGAGAAAGAAGCAGUGUUCUCUGUGCAAUGUCCUGAUCUCUUCAGAGGUGUAUCUGUUCAGCCACAUUAAGGGAAGGAAGCACCAGCAAGCCGUGCGAGAGAGCAGCAGCAUCCAAGGGAGAGAGCUCUCGGAUGAGGAAGUGGAGCAUCUUUCCUUAAAGAAGUACAUUAUUGACAUUGUGGUCGAAAGUACAGCUCCACCAGAGCCUUUGAAAGAUGGAGAAGAGCGGCAAAAAAAUAAAAAAAAGGCCAAAAAGAUAAAAGCCCGAAUGAACUCCAGGGCCAAGGAAUAUGAAAGUUUAAUGGAAACAAAAAAUUCUGGCUCUGACUCACCUUAUAAAGCAAAGCUUCAGCGACUGGCCAAAGACCUUCUAAAACAGCUGCAAGUCCAAGACAGUGGGUCGUGGGCAAACAAUAAGGUUUCCGCGUUGGAUCGGACCCUGGGAGAGAUCGCGAGGAUCCUGGAGAAGGAGAAUGUGGCCGAUCAGAUUGCAUUUCAAGUUGCCGGUGGAUUAACAGCCCUUGAACACAUUCUUCAAGGAGUGGUCCCAGCCGCGAACGUGAACACAGUUUCACGAAUUCCUCCCAAGUCUCUCUGCAACGCAAUCAACGUUUACAGCCUCACCUGCAGCAACUGCCCGGAAAACUGCGCCGACGUUCUGUUUAGUAACAAGAUUACCUUCUUGAUGGACCUCCUGACACACCAGCUGACGGUUUAUGUUCCAGAUGAGAAUAAUGCUAUUUUGGGGAGAAAUACAAAUAAGCAAGUUUUUGAAGGUUUGACAGCUGGACUUCUCAAAGUCAGUUCUAUGGUCUUUGGCUGCCUGAUUGCCAGUCGACCGGAUGGAAACAGCCGGCCAGCUACACCAAAGACAUCGACGGAGGAAACGAAAAACAGACCCUCACCAGGUGAUGCCUUUAACAGUCGCGUUCAGGACCUCAUCAGGUCGUACAGCAUAUUCGACAGCAAUCGCCAGGACCUCACAGGACUGACAGCGGCUCUUCAGGCCACAGACCUCGCGGGGGUCCUGCACAUGCUCUACUGCAUCCUGUUCCACGGCACCAUCGCGGACCCCAGCACCGCCAGCCCCAAGGAGAGUUACUCUCAGAACACGGUCCAGGUGGCCAUUCAGAGUUUACGUUUCUUCAACAGCUUUGCAGCUCUGGACCUGCCUGCUUUUCAGUCCAUCGUAGGGGCAGAGGGCUUGUCCCUCGCGUUCCGGCACAUCGCCAGCUCCCUCCUGGGCCACUGCAGCCACGUCUCCUGUGAAAGCCUGCUUCACGAGGUCAUCGUCUGUGUGGGCUACUUCACUGUCAACCACCCGGAUAACCAGGUCAUCGUGCAGUCCGGCCGCCACCCCACGGUGCUGCAGAAGCUGUGCCAGCUGCCCUUCCCGUACUUCAGCGACCCUCGGCUGGUCAAAGUGCUGUUCCCGUCGCUCAUCGCCGCUUGUUACAACAACGGCCAGAACAAGAUCAUCCUGGAGCAGGAGAUGAGCUGCGUCCUGCUGGCCUCCUUCAUCCAGGACUUUGCACAGAAUCACGGUCAGGCAGCUAACCAGUCGUACCAGCCCAAAGGAAAAUGCCUUGGAUCCCAAGACUAUCUUGAGCUGGCUAACAGAUUUCCUCAGCAGGCCUGGGAGGAAGCUCGACAGUUUUUCUUAAGAAAAUAAUAAAAAACGUUUUGGUUGGUUCUAUAUUUGAGUACCCUCAUUAGUAAUUUAAAUUGUUCAAACAAACGUUCUAACUGUUCCUUAAGAAACUCUUUUCCACAUGUUUAUACUCCCCCCGUAUGUAGAUAUGGUAUAUACUUUGAACUAUUUAUAAUGGCUGUAGAUACGUCAUGUUCUACUUGCUAACUCUGUAAGUUGAGUUUAUUUCAUUUAUGCACAAUAGUUUGCAUUUUGGUAACUUCCAUCUUAUAUACUUUGCAUUUGUAAUAUGGGUGAAAUUAGGCACAAAAUUAGCAAGUCUGUUUACUUCUUGUAAUAAAAUAACUUAUUCUGUUUGUCAUGG